UUCAGAAAAACUAACUCGUCUCGAGUUUCCUCGGUGAAAGAAGAAGCAGUUGUGACUUGUGGGGGAAAAUUACACAUACGAAGAUUUGUCCAUGGUGUGCAGUAAGAAGUCUGUGGGGGACACCAUCAGCGUCAAACUCAGAUCGCCAUGUCGCUGUUAUGUGACGAGAACUCUGUUGUAUUAUUAAGGCAGUAUGUUAAGAAGUUAACGGAAUUCUUAUCCUUGUAUACCUGGAUCAUAGACGCUUAUGUGUCUGACUUCUUUACUAAGGAUCACUGGAGUGGCCUGCCUUUGUCAUGGAAGGAUUGUCUAACAGACACCAAACCCCCAGAGUUGGUGUGGUUACUGACCCAAGACAGCCUGCCAUCCAAGGUGUACCCCCUCUCUCUGCUGGCUUUCAAGCAAUGCACUCAGACUUUUUCAUUGCCAAGGUCACAAGAAGAGGUAAAAGUUCAUGACCUGUUACAGUUAUCUUCAGCCAGGGGGAAAAAAUCAGGAAAUGACCAUAUUCCAAGCUCUCAUAAAGCCUCGGAGUCAAACCAAGGUUAUACAGAAUAUUUAAGGAAGCACGUGAAGCCCAAAAAACUUCAUGAAAUCAAUCAUCUUGGAAAGACGUUGAGAGCCCUGAGAGAUGUGUGUGAUUGUCAGAACAUUGUGGAUGUUGGAGCAGGUCAAGGUCAUUUGUCGAGGUAUUUGACCUUUCAGCAUGGGUUCAAGGUCACCACCGUUGAAGCUGAGGGAUGCCAUGCCCCCAAAGCCCAGAAAUAUGACAGGGAUGCUCAAAGACAAAUAAGAAAGGUAAAAGAGCAGAGAGGAUCUGAAAAUCAAAGUGAGGCUGACCUCCCGAAUCAUGUGACAUGUUACAUCACAGCAGACACAACAGAAGGAAAAUUCCUUGACAUCAUCCAGAGGUCAUUUGACCGAACUGCGUGUUCUACAUGCAGUAACCGUGACUCAGAUCCAAGGGAUAGUAAAUCAACAACACCACAGUCAAAGUCAAAGAUAAGUGAUGCAUCUUCAGACUUGAAACAGAAGGAUGAUGGGACAACAUGUCAUUUCAAUUGUAUAGACUCGGGUAAGAAAGCCAGAUUAAUGUGUGAUACAUCGUGUAUAGAGACCUCCUGUAGUAAAUGCUCAGUGAAUCCAUGUGAUAAGUGUCCAAGUAUUGUCUGUGAUAAGUGCAAACAGAACUUGUGUUCUUCAUUUUGUCAAAAGUGCCAAAGCUCAUCUUUGAACAUAUCCACUGCACAAGACCACCAAAUACUGAAAGAAAACUGUUGUGAAACCUUGAUUCUAGACCAACAUACUGAGAAAGCUGAGAACUGUUUACUAGGAAUUGACCAAAAAGAUGAAUUAAGGGUAGAAAAUUGUGAAAAAUAUAAUGUAAGUGAUAAAACUGGUAAAACAAAUGAAGGAAAGGAAAGUAGUAUUGCAGACCGAGAGUUGUCUUUCCUUGGCUUUAGUAAGAGCACCAGACUACACUUCCUGUUGACCGGUCUCCAUGCUUGUGGUGACCUGACUCCCACAAUGCUCAGAGUGUUCACUUCCUGUCCAGACAUACAGGGUUUAGCAUCUGUUGGCUGUUGCUAUAUGAAGUUGUCUACAGCAAAGCAUCUGGGGACGGAGCCUGCGGGAUAUCCAAUGAGUGAGUUUGUACAACAGCUGCCACAUUCUGCUCUCAGCUAUGAAGCUAGAGAAAUGGCCUGUCAUUUUGCUGACUCUUACAUUCAAAGAUUAAAAGAUAAUCCCCCUGCCCUGAAACUUCACUGUUACAGGGCAGCCCUACAGUGGGUUGUUCUCCAGCUACAGUCCGACUUUGUGACUGGAGCCCAGAAAUUGUCCAUCAGGAAGGCUGAGAAUCUCUCUUUCCCUCAAUAUGCAAGUCAAGGACUAAAACGAUUGGGAUUUAGUAGUGAGAUACCAGACGACAUUUUGGAGGGAGCUUCCUGUUUCCUUGAGCAAUGGAGGCAGGUGGUGAUCUUCUACAGCCUCCGACUCUCCGUGAGUCCUGUUGUGGAAUCACUGAUUUUGUUGGACAGGCAACUUUAUCUUUAUGAACAAGAUGUUUCCUCUUAUCUCGUGCCGAUUUUCGAUCCAAUGACAUCUCCUAGGAAUUUUGUAUUAUUGGCAAGGAAAUAAAGUUUUGUUUAUAUGCACACUU